AUGUCCCAAGACAGUUUCGAAAGUGUACCAGAUGAUUUCGGCGACUUCGAUGCCACACUAUCCCUAACGAAUCCCGUGGAGUAUUAUGAACAGCUAAUGCAAGAAAAGAUGAUGACCGAUCUCUAUGUACCGGAUCAAAUGAAAGAAGACAUUUGGCUUAAAAUUGAUGCUGCCGCUCGUGAUGCCGUCUGGAAGCUGUUGUUUAGCGAAUAUGCGAAUGAUGAGGAGGUAGGCGCCAAGGAAAAAUUGGCGGCUACGUUGCUUGAAAAGCAUAAAAGAAAUGCUGCCUAUUACUGUCCAAGUGAUUACAACGAAUGGGUGGUGAAAUUGCGUGAUGAAUUAUUGCGACGUGAACGGAUGGAAUUUUGGCGAACGGUUGUGGUGGCAAAGGAAUUGGGACCGGCAUGGGCUAGAGAUUCUGAUAUGUAUGAUGAUCUCUCCGAUCCGGAACCGGCGGCAUAUUAUAAUUAUGGUGGUUGCCGGGCGGCAUGGUUGGAGAAUGGGCACUAA